AUGAAGCACUUCUGCCAGCCCUGGGCAGCCUUUGCUGUGCUCUUCUUCACCGCUGCGCACUGGGAUUCCUGCUCAGCAGCAGCUGAGGACAUAUCCAAUGUUUCAACAAGUUCCAUACUUGCAACUGAAUACGAAGCACCGUGUCUUAACGUGAACUUCUGCAGGCAGGCAGCCACGUGCUGCCCCACAGGCAUGGACGACUAUGGGUGGAUUGCAGCGGCCGUCGGCUGGAGCCUCUGGUUUUUGACUCUCAUCCUGCUCUGCAUGGACAAGAUCAUGAAACUCCGUCCUGAUGAACCCAAGUACUUGGUAGCCUGA